UGCAUCAGAAGGCCCAAGGACACCAUGUCCGUUUCCAAUAUCACAAUCUUCAUGCCCUCUGUGUUGACACUAGUAGGGAUCCCAGGCCUAGAGUCUGUGCAGUGCUGGAUUGGGAUUCCAUUCUGUGCUGUGUACCUCAUUGCUAUGAUUGGAAAUGUCUUGCUUCUGACUAUCAUAAAAUCAGAACGCAGCCUCCAUGAGCCCAUAUACAUUUUCCUAGGCAUGCUAGGAGCCACGGAUAUUGCACUUGCUACCAGCAUUAUGCCCAAGAUGCUUGGGAUCGUCUGGUUUCAUGUGCCAGAGAUCUAUUUUGAUUCCUGCUUGCUUCAAAUGUGGCUCAUUCACACAUUUCAGGGCAUUGAGUCAGGCAUCCUGCUGGCCAUGGCCCUGGACCGUUAUGUCACCAUCUGUUAUCCACUGAGACAUGCAGCUAUCUUCACCCACCAGUUAGUCAUUCAAAUAGGUACUGUGGUUACACUCAGGGCUGCCAUUAUUGUAGCCCCAUGCCUAGUGCUGAUAAAGUGCCUGCUUAAAUUUUAUCAUUCAACAGUCAUCUCCCACUCGAACUGUGAGCAUAUGGCCAUUGUGAAAGUAGCUGCAGAAAAUGUCCAGGUCAACAAGAUCUAUGGUUCGUUUGUGGCCUUCACAGUAGCAGGGUUUGACCUAACAUUCAUUACCUUGUCCUACAUCCAGAUAUUUACCACAGUUUUCCGUUUGCGCCAGAAGGAGGCAAAGUUGAAAGCAUUCAAUACCUGCAUCGCUCACAUCUGUGUCUUCUUCCAGUUCUACCUCCUGGCCUUCUUCUCCUUCUUCACACAUAGGUUUGGUUCGCAUAUCCCCCCUUAUAUCCAUAUCCUCUUUUCUAGCAUUUAUUUGCUUGUCCCUCCAUUUCUCAAUCCACUUGUCUAUGGUGUAAAGACCAAGCAGAUCCACAGCCAUGUGGUGAAAAUGUUCAGUUCUUAA